AUGCGCACCGCAAUCCUCACCACGAUCCUCACCUUCGCCCUCACCGGCCUCACCCAAGCCGCCUCCCUCGGCAUCGAAACAACCCACGCCGUCGAAUGCACCCGCAAGACGCAGAAGGGCGACAGCGUCAAGAUGCACUACCGCGGCACCCUCGCCGCAGACGGAACCCAGUUCGACGCGAGCUAUGACCGCGGCACGCCGUUCAAGUUCAAGCUUGGGGCCGGGCACGUUAUCAAGGGAUGGGACCAGGGUCUCCUUGGGAUGUGUGUUGGCGAGAAGAGGACGCUUACGAUUCCGCCGGAGUUUGGGUAUGGGGAGCGCGGCGCCGGGGGGGUUAUUCCUGGUGGUGCGACCUUGAUUUUCCAGACGGAGUUGCUGGAGAUUGAGGGGGUGGAUAAGGAUGAGCUUUGA